AUCAACCCGAAUCAGGAACUGUUGGCAAUGUCUGUGGCCAACGUGUUUGGCUCGUUCUUCAGCUGCUACCCGAGCAGCUCAUCCCUAACCAGAUCGUCAGUCCUGCACCGGUCGGGCGCCAAGACCCAGAUGGCCACCCUAUUCGCCGCCGUAAUACUACUGUUUGUCAUACUAUAUAUGGAACCAUUGAUAUAUCAUUUGCCUAAAUGCGUUUUGUCGGCGAUUAUAUUGAUGGCCCUAAAGUCCAUGUUUGUCCAGACUGUAUACGUGCGCAAAGUGUUUAAAUACUCGGUGAUGGAGGGGAUAACAUGGAUUAUAACGUUUGUGUCGGUAAUCAUAUGCGAUGUUGAUAUGGGUUUACUUAUAGCCAUCAUGUUUAAUAUGCUUGUCAUUAUGAUUAGGUUAUCAAGGCCGUCGAGUGGAGUGAUGGGUCGGCUGUCCAACACUGAGCUAUACGUUAACGUUAAACACUAUGCGGACGCUCUGGUCAUGAAAGGGAUCAAAAUAUUUCACUUCUCGUGUCCAUUGAUUUUUCUCAAUAGACACGCAUUCAAAGAGCAAUUGUACAAAAAGUUGUUUAAUAUAUCAAGGUAGUUCUCUCUCUCUCUC